GUGAUCAGCGGGGGACACUACGACGUGGACUGCUACGUGGAAGACCCCAACAGCAAAACCAUCUACCAGGAGACCAAGAAGCAGUAUGACAGCUUCCAACGCCAGACUGAGGUCAAGGGCAUCUACACCUUCUGCUUCAGCAACGAGUUCUCCACCUUCUCACACAAAAUCGUCUACUUCGACUUCCAAAUGGGCGAUGAGCCACCCAUCCUGCCCAACAUGAACAAUCGUGUCACUGCCCUGACACAG